AUGGCCCUCAUCAUGGAGCCCGUCAGUAAGUGGUCGCCGAGCCAAGUCGUCGACUGGAUGAAAGGUCUUGAUGAUUGCCUGCAGCAAUACAUAAAGAACUUUGAGAGAGAGAAGAUCAGUGGAGAUCAGCUCCUACGUAUCACACAUCAAGAGCUGGAAGAUCUUGGAGUGACACGAAUUGGCCAUCAGGAGCUUAUCCUGGAAGCAGUGGACUUGCUCUGUGCACUGAACUAUGGUUUGGAAACAGAGAAUCUGAAAACUCUUUCUCACAAGCUGAAUGCAUCUGCCAAGAACCUGCAGAACUUCAUCACUGGGAGGCGGAGGAGCGGCCACUACGACGGAAGGACCAGCCGCAAGCUCCCCAACGAUUUUCUCACCUCUGUGGUGGAUCUGAUUGGAGCAGCUAAAAGUCUUCUGGCUUGGUUGGACAGAUCACCUUUUGCUGCUGUCACAGAUUACUCAGUAACAAGAAAUAAUGUCAUACAGCUCUGUCUGGAACUAACCACAAUAGUACAACAGGAUUGCACAGUAUAUGAAACAGAGAAUAAAAUUCUUCAUGUGUGUAAAACUCUUUCUGGUGUCUGUGACCACAUUAUCUCCCUCUCUUCUGACCCACUGGUUUCCCAGUCUGCCCACCUUGAAGUGAUCCAGCUGACAAACAUCAAGCCAAGCGAAGGGCUGGGUAUGUACAUUAAGUCAACAUAUGAUGGUCUCCAUGUAAUUACUGGAACAACAGAAAAUUCACCUGCAGAUCGGUGCAAGAAAAUCCAUGCUGGGGAUGAAGUGAUUCAAGUUAAUCACCAAACUGUGGUGGGGUGGCAGUUGAAAAAUUUGGUGAAUGCACUACGAGAGGACCCGAGUGGUGUUAUCUUAACUUUGAAAAAGCGACCUCAGAGCAUGCUUACCUCAGCACCAGCUUUACUGAAAAAUAUGAGAUGGAAGCCCCUUGCUCUGCAGCCUCUCAUUCCUAGAAGCCCCACAAGCAGCGUGGCCACACCAUCCAGCACCAUCAGCACCCCUACCAAAAGAGACAGCUCUGCACUGCAGGAUCUCUACAUCCCCCCUCCUCCAACAGAACCUUAUGUUCCAAGGGAUGAGAAGGGAAAUCUCCCCUGUGAUGACGUUGGCAGGCACAUCGUGGGCAAGCCGGUCCACACCGGAUCCGAGUCUCCCAACUCGUUCCUCGACCAGGAGUAUCGGAAACGCUUCAACGUGGUCGAAGAAGAUGCAGUUUUGUACUGCUAUGAAUAUGAGAAAGGAAGAACAAGUGGUCCUGGAAGGAGGGAGAGCACCCCAACCUAUGGGAAACUGAGGCCUAUUUCUAUGCCAGUAGAAUAUAACUGGGUGGGGGAUUAUGAAGAUCCCAAUAAAAUAAAAAGAGAGAGUAGGAGAGAAAAUUCAUUGCUUCGCUACAUGAGCAAUGAGAAAAUAGGUCAAGAAGAUUACAUGUUCCAAAGGAAUAGCAAAAAGGAUACUGGGAAGAAGUCCAAAAAGAAGGGAGACAAGAGCAGUAGUCCAAGUCAUUACUCACUGUUGCCUUCUUUACAAAUGGACUCGUUGAGACAAGAUGUCAUGGGCACACCUGGACCAGAAACUGCUCUGUAUCAUACCUUUCAGCAGUCUUCUCUACAGCAGAAGAGUAAAAAGAAGAGCAAAGCUCCCAUUCCAGGUAAAAGCAAAAGGAGGAUCUCAUGCAAAGAUCUUGGUCGAGGGGACUGUGAAGGCUGGCUCUGGAAAAAGAAAGAUGCCAAGAGUUAUUUCUCCCAGAAAUGGAAAAAAUACUGGUUUGUCCUGAAGGAUACAUCUCUCUAUUGGUACAUUAAUGAAGAGGAUGAAAAAGCAGAAGGAUUCAUCAGUCUGCCUGAAUUUAAAAUUGACAGAGCCAGUGAAUGCCGCAAGAAAUAUGCAUUCAAAGCCUGCCACCCUAAGAUCAAAAGUUUUUAUUUUGCUGCUGAACACCUAGAUGACAUGAACAGAUGGCUAAACAGAAUUAACAUGCUUGCUGCUGGCUAUGCAGAAAGAGAGAGGAUCAAACAAGAGCAAGAUUACUGGAGUGAGAGUGAUAAGGAGGAAGCUGACACUCCAUCAACACCCAAACAAGACAGCCCACCACCCCCAUAUGACACGUACCCACGGCCUCCGUCGAUGAGCUGCACAAGCCCUUACGUGGAGCCCAAGCACAGCCGCCUGUCGUCCACGGAGACCUCGCAGUCGCAGUCGUCGCACGAAGAGUUCCGGCCGGAGGCGGUGGGCAGCGCCGCCGAGUCGCCGGUACGCAAGACGGCCAGCCAGAGGCGCUCCUGGCAGGACCUCAUCGAGACCCCCCUCACCAGCUCGGGGCUCCACUACCUGCAGACCCUGCCGCUGGAGGACUCGGUCUUCUCCGAGGUGGCCGUGGUGUCCCCCGAGCACCGGCGGCAGUCCACCUUGCCCACCCAGAAAUGCCACCUGCAAGAUCACUACGGCCCCUUUCCGCUGGCGGAGGGCGAGAGGGUGCCGGUGCUGAACGGCAACGGGGGCAAGCCCCGGAGCUUCACCCUGCCCCGGGACAGCGGCUUCAACCACUGCUGCCAGAGCCUUCCCGUCGGGGCUGCAGACCACCACGAAGAAGCACAGCAGAAGGAAGUGGAAGAGGAGGAGGAGGAGGGAAGCAAAGCGGCAGAAGAAAGCCAGGAAGAUAAAAUUGAAAAUGCAGAGGAAAAAGCAGCAGACUCCUUGCAAGAUCUGUGCAGAGCCUUGGAGCAGGCCAACCUAUCUCCUUUAGGAGAGCAUCGGAUUGCCACUAAGCUGGAGUAUAAGAAAUCUUUUAUAAAGAGAUGCAGUGAUCCAGUAGUCAAUGAGAAGCUGCACCAGCUGAGAAUUCUGAAAAGCACUUUAAAGGCCCGGGAAGGAGAAGUAGCCAUCAUAGAUAAAGUCCUAGCUAACCCAGCUUUGACAUCUAGAGACUUUCAAGAAUGGAAAGAAAUGUACCUUGACCUCUUCCUGGACAUCUAUCAAAGCAGCACCCCCAGGGACUCCGUCAAUGGCUCGUCUGAGGUUGAUGCACUCAUAGCCUCCUUAGCACACACUCACUCCUACAUUGAAACCCAUGUAUAG